AUUCUACUGAAUCUCUCAUAUAUUUUGGUCAAAUUCAUUCUAGUGCGUACACUUUGGAGUUUGGAUAACACACACCUCUCCAUGGUUCAUCGUCCAAUAAUAAAAAAGCGUAUAUACACUUAAUUAGAAAAUAAUAAUUUCACUAGAGUCAGCUGAUAGCAGUAGCUUCAACAUAAUUAGUCAAAACACAAGAGAAGUGAAAGUAACGGUGUCACUCCCAAUCUUUCAAGUUUUUGCUUUCCUAAAUCAAGCACGAAGCAGUAAUGGCAGAAGAGGCAGAGAACGAACGGAGGGUUCUGGUAGCAGUGGACGAAGGCGAUGAGAGCAUGUAUGCCCUCUCAUGGUGCCUCAACAACCUCGUCUUCCAAAAUUCCAAAAAUACCCUUAUCCUUCUCUAUGUAAACCCACCACGUGGCGGUUAUAUGCCCUUUGAAACCGCAGCCGCACUAGAUGAUCCUGAAACUCAUCCAGCAAAUCUGUAUUCGCCGGAAAUAACGGCAGCCAUGGAAAGAUAUAGCCAAGAAGUGGCAGAUUGCGUGUUAGCGAAAGCCAAGAAAUUGUGUAAAGAUCUCCAACACGUUAAGGUGGAGACGAGAGUAGAGGAUGGCGAUCCAAGGGACGUGAUUUGUGAGAUGGCUGAAAAGUUGGGUGCUCAUGUUCUUGUUAUGGGAAGCCACGGUUAUGGUCUUAUCAAGAGGACUUUUCUUGGAAGUGUGAGCAGUCACUGCGCACAGAACGUUAAGUGCCCAGUUCUCAUAGUCAAGAAGCCAAAAUCAAUUGCUGAUGCUGGAGACGAAACAUAUCAAUCGGAAUAAGUGGUCGUUAUUUUCAUCAUUUCUGUUAUAUAUACAUCGAUUUUGUCGCUUAUGUAUUUCUUAGGUAUGUGUACUUGUUGCUCCUUGACCGUACCUGCUUCUUCGGGGAAUCUCAUGUUGUGAUGCCUCGGGGAUUAAUCAUUGGUAUUUCCAGGACAAAUACAUAGGUUCUCUUUUUUCUAUGGGAUAAACUCACGUAAAUUCACUUAAAAAUGGCUAGUUAUUUUCUUGUUUUCACGUGAAGAGACAGAGUAUUGAAGGUUAAAAACACUAUGUUUAGAUUUGCU